AUAUAGCUGGUAGCUCCGGUCCAAACUCCAAACCCGCCCGUCUCCUCUUCGGCCGUCUUUGCUCGACCGGAGCGGAGCGCAGCGCAGGCCAACGGCGUGGACGACGCGCGCCCCCUCUGGAUCGCCGCUCCCCCGCGCGCCACAGCUUCCAUCCGGCGACUGCAAGGCCGCCCAAGCCAAGAGGGUUUCUUUGCAAGCUUUAGCCGCUCGACGUUCAUUGACAGAACAUGCCUAAAAUAAAGACAAGCCGUGUCAAAUAUCCUGGAGGAUGGGAGCUUAUUGAACCAACUAUCCGUGAGUUGGAUGCCAAAAUGAGGGAAGCUGAAAAUGACACACAUGAUGGGAAGAGAAAGUGCGAAGCCCUCUGGCCAAUUUUCCGUAUUUCCCAUCAAAGAAGUCGCUACAUAUAUGAUCUUUAUUACAGAAGGAAGGAGAUAUCAAAAGAGUUGUAUGAGUUUUGCCUGGACCAGGGUUAUGCAGACCGUAAUCUGAUUGCAAAGUGGAAAAAGCCGGGUUAUGAGCGCCUUUGCUGUCUUCGAUGCAUACAGACACGAGACCACAACUUUGCAACUACAUGCGUCUGCCGGGUCCCCAAGCAUCUCAGAGAGGAGAAGGUUAUAGAAUGUGUUCACUGUGGAUGCAGAGGCUGUGCCAGCGGUGAUUGAGAUAUCGUCAUUAUCUUGUUUGAAUCUGUCAAACUAAGCAGACAUAAUGUUUCUUGAGCGAAAUUUCGGCUAAAAACGUUUACGAAAACGUUUUGUAAACCCGCCUACCGGGUAUGACGUUAUUUAAGUACCUGAGAUUGUGGUUACGGUCUGCAUUAAUCUGCCGCAUGGUCAUUGCUUGAUCAUCGGCCUCAACACCCUGCAUAUGUGUAUUCUAAAGUUUUUUAAUGGAAACAUCUGUUACUCGAUGCUAUAAUUGCC